AUUUCCGAGCGGGGUGUGGUUGAGUCCGACACCGCUCCGAUUGUUUCCUUUUGUGUUUUGACAGAUGCGUCCAGUCGCUAUCAACAAAUGACACGGAUUACGCAAAAUCGACACGAAGCGGUUCAUUUCUUGUACAGUUGCAAUUUUUGUACUGGGGUUCAACGAUGUUCGAGAAAACCUUUAAGGACUUUAACAUUAAUUUUAACGUUCUGAAUGAGAACAACACUUUUUCCAGUGGAGAGUUGGUGACGGGACAGGUUUCCUUCGAGCUCUCCAAGCCGACAAAGAUCAGAGCAAUCACAAUAUGUUUGACAGGAAAGGCAGACGUCCACUGGUCUUCCGGAAGUGGAAAAAACAAAAGGACAUACUAUGCAAAGAUUGACUUGCUUAAUCUAAAAAGCGUGAUUUUGCAAGAAGGAGCUGUUGGGAGAGAGACCAUUGUUCCUCCUGGCAGGCAUGUGUAUCCAUUUUCAUGUCAGCUGCCACACGGAAACUUUCCAUCCAGCUUCCGUGGGCCACAUGGACAAGUGCUCUACAACCUGACAGUGGGUAUUGACAGACCAUGGCAUGUAACAAAGGAUUAUGUGACACAGAUGAACUUUGUGCACCAUGUCGAUUCCAAUCAGCCAGAGCUAAUGGCGUCACUCUCAGGCUCGAACAGCAUGAGCGUGUGCUCCCUUAGUUGUACCUCCGGUCAAAUCACAAUGACUGCCAGCAUUGAGAAAAAAGGCUUUUUGCGAGGUGAAACCAUCCGAAUCUUUUGCGACUUUGGCAACGCUUCAUCUCGUACGGUGACUCCUAAAGCCAAGCUGAAGCAAAAGCAGAAAUACUUCUCGCGCGAAGGGAUCCAAAGACGAUUAUUUGUGAAAAACUUGGACUCUGUGACUGGGCUGCCCAUCAGUGCUCACUCUUCAGAAACAAACGCUGAGAUGCUGCUCAACAUUCCGGCCGAUUCGACUCUCACCAUCUCCAACUGCAGCCUCCUGCAGGUUCACUACGAAAUUGAGCUGAGCCUUUGUCUAAGAGCUUCCCCGAACCUCAUCAUGCUGUUUCCCAUCGUCCUUUGUGACCUCCCUUUACAUCCACAUUAUUUAGGAUUACUGUCACACUACUAUACUGACAGUCAGAGUGGCUGGUGUAAACUUAUUAAUGGGGGGGGGGGGUGUAAAUAUCCAGAAGACACGCCCUCCCAUUGCGGAAGAGUUCUCCAUUGCUGUAGUUUGGGAGUGGGAGAUAAGCGAGAGAACUUUUUUAAAAUCAUGCCGAGCACAGUGCAGAGCCUGAUGGUGACUUAUAACAACGACAGCGAAAAAAAUGCGUUUACAAAUGGGGACACCGUGACCGGACAAGUCACUUUGGAAGUGACCAAAGAUUUCAAAGCCGAGUCGCUUUACGUAAAGUUUAAGGGAAAGGCUGAGGUGUUGUGGACCGAGAGGCACGGCCAAACUACUGUUACUUACCACUCCAAGGACAAGUAUUUCAGCAUCACACAUUACUUUAUUCGAGAUGAAUAUGCCACCGCUGACGAUCAAUCACUACUGACCAAUCAGUAUGGACAAACCUACGGUAAUUUACUUGCAACAGGAACUCAUGUUUUCCCAUUCACCUUUCAGUUCCCUUUACAGGAAAUGCCAUCCUCCUUCACUGGUUCUGUUGGUAAAAUUGUGUACCUACUGGAAACCAAGCUGAAUAGGUCCAUGAGGAUACGUACAAAAGAUACCAUCAAGAUUCCCUUCGUGACACAAGUAGUCCCCACCAUGAUGCAGGAAAUCAUGACUCCUCAACAUGAUUCGAAGGAUAAAAAAUUGCAUUUGCUUAACUCGGGAACUGUAGCGAUGGAUGUCAAGAUUGAAAAAUCAGGUUUCAUCCAAGGAGAAGGCUUAAAGGUUGUAGCCACCAUUCAGAACAACUCCACUCGUGAGAUCAAACCCAAGUAUUGCAUCUACAGAAAGCACAGCUUCUUUGCAAGGGGAAAGAGGAGGCUUGAUACUAAAGACCUCUUAAAGGACGUGGGAGACCCCAUUCCUCCAUCAGCCAGCCAAACAGUCGAAAGGGUCAUCACAAUCCCCCAUGAUUUGGAACCUUCCAUCCUCAACUGUAGCAUCCUCAAAGCAGAAUACAGAGUUAGGGUUUAUUUGGAUGUAAAGUACGCUUCAGACCCAGAGAUCAAAUUUCCCAUUCUCAUCCUUGGAGCCUUAACAGCACCCACUGUGGCAGCAAGUUUGCCUUCUACUGAAUCUGACUUUGGACCAUUUGGAUACCAAAACCCAACAGCCUGGGGCACGUUUUCACAACCACAAUCUUAUGAUCCCCCUCCUCCUUAUGAAGCCUAUGGAAUGUACCCUUCCUUGAUGGAUAAUGGUGGCAAACCCUGAUAAGUAAUGACAUUCUCAAAAUGAGUGUGCUGCACAGACCACAAUACGCACUACAGCUCCUCAUUGUUUACCUCAAAGGUUAACCUUCUACAUUUUCUGAAAGUGAUCGUCCAGUAAAAAAAUUUAAAAAAAGUUUGGUCAUCAAUGUUUGGCAAUGCGUAGGAAAAAAAAAAAAGAAUUGAAAUCUAUUUGAUUCAAACAUGUACGUACAUUGUUGCACAAGAUUACAAUGUGUUAUUUUCAAGAUGGGGCAGGUGGCCUCAAUAUACCACAUUUUAAUCAUGUGCCACCAGUGUGCAAAAUCAAAUUAAAUACUAUAAUAUCAUGUUUUAAAUUUUUAGUACUAAUCUCAAAUCUUGUAUUUUACUUUUAGUGUAGCUCUUUUAAUCCUCUAUACCCUUGAAAGCACUUAUGUUCUUUCUCCCUCAAACCUAAUACGUACAUUUUGGUAACGGUAUAAUCAUUUCUCCUACUAUACGGGUUUAUAUCAUGAUACUAAACAUUGUCAGUAAAGAUUCAUAAGUGAAAUGCAGUUGUUAAUACUGAAAGCUAUUUGUCAUCAAACUGAUACGCUUUGACAUUUUCUUUAAAUUAUUUGUGUUGUACGUGUAUUAUAAAUGCAUGUUUCUUCUUAUACAGUAGAGUCUAUAUGAGAGCUGAGUCUAUAUACAGUCUACAUUAAAGAGUAUUAUUAUUACUA